UCUAUUUCUUAUGGCAAACGCAGCUUCUAAACAGACAGCACUUCUUCAAUUCACACAAAUAUCAAGCGAUGUAUUGGAUAAUCGCUACGUUCAACACUUGAAAAAUAUUGUGUUUAUUCUAGUAUUACUAAAUUAUUGGGGAAAACUCUAUAAUAAGGUGUUGGUAGCUGGACCUGUCCGUGCUUAUCAAGACCUCAAGAGUUGUAUAUUCAAGAUUAUCUUUAAACAACUACGCCGACUUCCUAGCGUCAAGGCAAAGAUUGAUCAAGAGCUUAGUCGUACGGUAGCCCAAAUGGAACAUUCUAUCAUGUCUAAAGAAGUUGGAUGUGAAAUUCAUCUGAAGCUUCCAUCAAAAGGAUUAACCGAAGAAGAAGUGAUGAAUAGCCUACAAAAAUUAUCAUCGUUAAAGAGAGCUGACUGGGAAGGUGGAAAAGUAUCUGGUUCAAUUUACCACGGAGGUGAGGACCUUACACGCAUUCUUUCUGAGGCAUAUAGAAUCUUUGCCGUAGCAAAUCCUUUACAUCCAGAGAUAUUCCCGGGAAUUCGGCGUAUGGAAGCAGAAUCUGUCGCGAUGGUGCUUGCUUUAUAUAAUGCUCCUGCGACUGGAUGUGGUACUAUGACAAGUGGAGGCACAGAAAGUAUUCUCAUGGCAUGUAAAACAUAUCGUGAUAUGUAUAAGGACCUAAAGGGCAUCCGUUACCCAGAAAUGGUAGUGCCAGUGACAAUCCAUGCUGCCUUCAUGAAGGCUGCUAGUUAUUUUAAUAUCAAAUUGAUUACUGUGCCUGUUGAUCCAGUCACACUCAAGGUAGACAUCAAGAAAGUAUCCAGAGCGAUCACCAAGAAUACUAUCAUGAUUGCUGGAUCAGCUGUCAAUUUCCCUCACGGUAUAGCUGAUGAUAUUGUUGAACUUGGCAAAUUGGCAAAGAAACACAAUAUUGGAUUGCAUGUCGAUUGUUGUCUUGGUAGUUUCAUCAUGCCUUUCCUCGAGAAAGCCGGCUUCCCAUCGACACCAUUUGAUUUUCGUGUUGAGGGUGUUACAUCUAUAUCUUGUGACACACAUAAGUAUGGCUUUGCUGCCAAGGGUUCCUCUAUUAUCAUGUACCGCGAUGCAAAGAUAAGAAAAUACCAAUACUUUUUAUAUUCACAAUGGACAGGUGGUAUUUAUGCAUCUCCAAGCAUUGCUGGAUCUAGGCCUGGUGCUCUCAUUGCUGGUUGUUGGGCUGCUCUUAUGCGUAUGGGUGAAGACGGAUAUCUUGAUACAUGUAAGCAGAUCAUAGGCGCACGCCGAGCCAUCCAAAAGGGUGUAGAAUCUAUUCCACAAUUGCAUGUCAAGGGCAAUCCAAUUGGUCCAGUCAUUGCAUUUGGAGCGAACGAACCAUUGAAUAUUUAUGAUAUUGGAGAUAAAUUAUCAGAGCGUGGUUGGAAUAUAAGUGCAGUUCAGAACCCUGCAGCACUUCAUAUCUCUGUUACCCUGCCUUGGGUCAACAGUGCAGAUCAAUUUGUAAAGGAUCUUGAAGAAUGUGUAAAAGAAGCACUCAAGAAUCCAUCCGCAGGUUCGGGCGCAACGGCUGCCAUCUAUGGUGCCUCUGCUAGUGUACCUGACAAGACUAUACUCGAUGAUGCUGCUGCUAGUUUUAUUGAUUUGUUGUAUAAAGCAUAAAGAUAAUAAAUAUCAUUUAUUAAAAGCACUACCAGUGACUAUAAAGGCAAGUCGAGUCAAAGAUGAAGAUGAUGGUUUUUCGAGGAGAAAAAGAGAGCCAAAAUGCUUUCUUUAUAUUUAAAUUGGAUAAGCAACCAUGAUUCAUUAU